GUGAUUCUGUAUCAUUUCUUCCAAGCUGAUCGGAGAGAGAGGGAGCUUAAAGAAAUUGCAAUUAUGGUAAAGACAAAGGUGACAAGUAGAACGGGCGCAAGAAAAUGUCCGAUGUGUUCAGAGUUAUGUCAUGGAGAUGUGGAGUUCUCUAACCAUGUAGUACAGUGUGCUAUGCAGGAAUAUUCUUGUGACUUUUGUGAUUUUACAUCACAAAAGGAAUGUAAUGUAAAGAGACACAUGAGAAGAGCCCACAAGGGAUUGCUAAAAGAUCCUUUACCAUUAGGAAUGAAAUCAGACACAGAUCAUCCUGCCAGUGCAAAGAAAAUGGAGGAUGUGUCAAGCAAAGUGGACAGUGACUCGGGCUCAGAAAUAGAAGAUUGGCUAUUCCAGGAUCCAGGCGACGAUCUCAAGCUGGAUAAAUCUUCUGUGGAUAAAGAUGAUGGAGAUGACGAUGCUGUGCGAGACACAACCGUUAAUCUUUUGGAAGGACGUCUCCAAUUCUACCAGGAAAGCGUUCCCUGAGUCUUGAUACAGUAUAUUCUAGUGGCUCGACAACUACACAAACUGAAAAUGACAGUGAUAACGCACCUUUGAAAUGCAAUGCUUUUUCGCAAACAGAAUUUGCAACAGAGGUUGUAAAGAAAACAAUCAAAAAAUUUCGAGAGGGUGAAAUUGACAUUAAAGAGGUCACGACAGAAAAGUUCAUGAUUUUGUAAAUAUCUUUCUUAUGUUUCGGAACAUUUGAAAGCGUUGACACAGGUAGUGAUCAUUUUGUUUCCUAGUUUAUUGUGGUUAAUGGAAAAUUAAUAAUAAAAAAAACAAGAAAAA